AUGUCGACCAGCAUGUAUCCCGAAUACCCUCCAGAGCUGAGUGAAGACCAAAAGUCCUACUUGUUGACGAACCUCAAAGAUUGGUCAAUAGCCCAUGGCUUGGCUGUAAGACCAGCACCGGGAUAUGUGCCAGCAGGACAAGAUCCUUCGGGGGCAUUGGCGACAACAGCACCAGUCACUCUGUUCCCUAGUCUGUUCCCCAGACUAUGCUUCGAGCAGGCCAAAUCUGUAGCGAAAGCAUACAAUGAACUCUACUCGGCAAUUGCCAGUGAUGAGGAAUGGUUGACUGGCAUCGUUGAGGAACUCGUUGAGAUUGAUGACUUUAUGGCGGGACUGUGGAAGAUACAUCAAGCUGUCAAGGCAGAGGGCUAUGUCCAGCCUUUGGCUCUGGGUCUCUUCCGUUCAGAUUACAUGGUGCAUGUCGAUCGAGGUAGCACAUCUCAGCCUACAGUCAAGCAGGUCGAGUUCAACACCAUCGCGUCCUCCUUUGGAGGUCUUUCAAGUCAAGUCUCUGGUCUGCAUCGGCAUCUCCACAGCAUCGAUGCCUAUCCUGACGAGAUUGCGAGCAGUGUGAAUGAUGCGGCACUGCCUGCUAGCAGCUCAGUGCCCUCGUUAGCAAGAGGCAUGGCUGCAGCCCACAAGGCAUAUGGUAUCUCCACAACAGGACUACCAACGUGCGUGAUUUUUCUCGUUCAGGAUCCGGAACGGAAUGUGUUCGACCAAAGACACCUUGAGUAUGCUCUCAACGAGAACCAUGGAGUGCGGACCUUCCGUUUACCUUUUGGACGAGUUCUGCAGGAUACCCAGGUCGAUAGCAACCGGAAGCUCAUCUAUACGCCUCCGCAGAAUCCGGCUAAGCGUUACGAGGUCACUGUCGUCUACUUCCGUGCAGGCUACUCACCAGAUGAGUACACUUCCGAUGCUCACUGGUCUGCCCGACUGCAGAUUGAGCGCAGCACCGCGAUCAAAUGUCCCACAGUUCUCACACAACUUGCCGGAACCAAGAAGGUUCAGCAAGUUCUUGCCACACCUCACUCGCCCCAUCUCGCACGCUUCCUGCCGGACCACAAUCAAGCAUCGGAAGUGCUCAAAACCUUUGCGCCAAUUUAUCCUCUUGACAAAUCCGAAGCCGGCAUGGAGGCUCGCAGACUCGCUCAGCAUCCAGAGAGCGCGAGCCGUUAUGUCCUCAAGCCUCAGCGUGAAGGAGGUGGAAAUAACAUCUAUCGCAAAGCCAUCCCACCGUUUCUCAAGGACUUGGCCGAAACGCAUUGGCCCGCUUACAUCCUGAUGGAAAUGAUCGAGCCCCCUGCACAGUCGAAUACCAUCUUCCGCAAUGGAGAGACGCACAGUGGGGGCGUGAUAUGUGAGCUUGGAAUCUACGGCGCAUGUCUUUGGCAAGCUGGGACAGGUGGAAAGAGAGAAAUUGUCGAAAACUUCGAAGCAGGAUACCUUCUACGCACCAAAGGCGAUCAGAGCGAAGAAGGCGGCGUGGCUGCAGGUUUCGGUGCUGUCGACAGUCCCUGCUUGGUGGAUGUGUAACUGCAGCAGCAGCAGCCUCAUCUGUAGCGAACCGGUUUCAAGUACCGGUAUUUCUGCCGUACAGUUGAGAUCCAACUACAUAACCUACCUUAC